AAGCCAGGUCCGGAGGCAGACUGGGCUCAUCCAUCUUUGUCCCUCGGAUACCCCUCCUUUGUCUUCUCAGUCAGCUUCACAGCUCUCUCAAUUCUACUCCUUGAGCUGUUGUAUAGUGUCACCUAGUCUCUGGAUAUCCUAACAUUCAUAAAACACGAGCGUGCCGCAGUUAAGCCUGUAAAAUGGCUUCACGUUCGCUAAAGGCAGCGGUUGCCGCUUUCUCACUCGUAGGCGAGGCUUUAGCCAUAUCCACGAAUGAAACAGUCUGGUCUUCGUUUUCAUACGUCCUAUAUGGCGAGCGCACGCCUCUACAAGGUCAACUUGCGCCUAGUUUAACUCCACUGGGUGCGCAGCAGCUUUACGCUCAGGGAUCGCUCUACAGAGCUCGAUAUCUGUCUCCCAAUGCGAACUUAUCGGCUGAAGAAAACGCAAUAACGACAAACUCACCUAUUUCAGGCAUAGAGUUGCAAGCUCUUGAUAACAGCCAACUUUCCAUUUACAGCACCACAGACGACUAUGUAGUCGGAGGUGCCCUGGCCUUCCUCCAAGGCCUAUAUCCACCAGUCACUCGAACCUUUGCAUCUAAUAAUGGUGGUGAAAAUGCCUCUUUGUUAGCCAAUGGUACUAUGGUAGACUAUCCUCUAGAUGGCUAUCAAUACCCAAAUAUUUUGACCAUACCAGUCACAGAUAUGAGUUCUGUCUGGCUCGAAGGACACUCGGCAUGCGCCGAAUAUUGGGCAUCGAGCAACGACUUCAGGAGCAGUUCAAUUGGCCAAGAGAUGUAUAACUCAACACUCAACUUCUACGAAACCACGUUCGCGGAGGUAUUCCCAAACGCGAUAGCUAGUUCCAUGAUCAACUUCGACUACGCUUACGAGCUGUACGACUACGCCCAGUACGAGUACGACCACAACGAGACAGCGCAGGAAGUACUCAACGAUGACCGCCUCACGAUCCUGCGCAGCCUGGCGAGCAUCCAGCAGUUCGACCUCAACGGAAACCUAUCCGCGUCCGGGUCGCAGGAAGGCGACAUGAUCCGCGCCAUCUCGGGCCGCAUGCUCGCAGCUCGCGUCGUAGCGCAGCUCUCGGCGCACAUCCACUCGGGCGGCUCCGCCAACAAGAUGACGCUCCUAUUCGGCUCCUUCGAGCCCUUCCUCGCCUUCUUCGCGCUGUCGAACCUCUCGGACGCCGCGUCGACGGCGGGGCUCUUCCGCCAGAUCCCGCUGCCGGGCUCGGCGAUGGUGUUCGAGCUCUUCAGCACCACGGACGACGACGACGGCGGCGCGAGCUACCCCAGCGAAGACGACCUCUGGAUCCGGUUCUUGUACCGCAACGGCACGGGCGCCGACGCGCCGAUGACGGAGUACCCGCUCUUCGGGCUGGGCAACUCGGAGACGCGGAUGCGCUGGACCGACUUCGAGGAUAGCGUCGCGCAGUUCUCGAUCCAGGAUAUUUCGCAGUGGUGCAGUCUCUGCGGUUCCAUCACGCUGUUCUGCAGUGCUCUGACCCAGGAUGAUAGCACUGAGGCUGGCCAAUUGACUGGUGGUAGUGCGAAGAGCAAUGCGUCUGUUUCUCCAGCCGUUGCGGGCGUGAUUGGUGCUCUGACAACUAUUGCGGUUCUCCUCGUUGCUGGAUUAGCAGCGUUCUUCUUCGGUGGACUACGAAUCCGGCGCAGGGAUGCGUCGGACGCUGAUAGACGGCGUACUAGCUUAGGAGGUUUCAAAGGUGCUGAGAAGAUGGCCUCGGACCAUGAUGUCUCGAUCGCGAAAACCGGCGUCAGGCACGAGCGUGUUGGGAGCUGGGAACUUGGCGGUCCGGGUCCGGUUACAGUCCCGCCUCUGACUGCGACUGCUGAAGACGUGCCUAGCGGCUUCUUUGGUGCGUCUGUUAAGCGUGAUGAGGAUGAGGAGAGUAUUUUGGGAGCCAGACCGGUGCACCCUGUCGAAAGAGUUUAGAGGAGGUUGGAUUUUCACGUGUGGGAAGAGAUGCGGAUGAAAUCUCAUCCAAGAUCGGCAUUCCUAUUCUUUUAUUCUCUACAGUCAUUGAUACCCCCGCAUUCAUCCAUUGGAGGCUUAGGAGCAUAUACGUCAAAUUUGGGAAGUUAGAGUGAUAUUGGCGUUACUGGGUCAUGUUUUCGGGUUUGACGGGUCCAUAUUCUCUCUUUUGGGCAAGAUAUCGUGGGCAUUGGUGUGGGAUGAUACCCUUUUGUUCUUACAAUCGUUAUAUGGUGUUAUUUUGGGGCGGUAGCGUGGCCACUGCUAGCGCGGAACACUGGUAAUAUAGAGAGGCGGUAUUUUGUUCAUCGAAGCUUGUUGGUUUUCUAUUCUAGAAAUAUGGAGUUACUAUAUAUCCUCGUCACUGGGGCCGCUUGUGUAUUUCUUGGUUAAACAUGAAGCUUUCAUUAAGUCUGUU